AUGGAUGCUGUCAACUUUGAUAUCAACAAUGCGCUCAAGCAUUACAUGAGCGACCCGGCAGCCAUCCCGACGCCCGAGGCCGCCUCGUCGCUAUACGACUGCGAGAACGACCCGGAGUCGUUGACGAAUGCCGUGGUCAACCCAGUGCUGAACCCCAUUGUCGACGCCGUGGCCGAGAGCCCGGACGCGAUCACACGCAGCCUCUACUUUGACUCGCUGCAGUUCCUUCUCAAAUACACGUCCUUCCUGCCGACACAUGCACUCAGCAAGGUGUUUGACCUCAUCACGUCAGGCCUGUCGGCCGAGGCAGAUGCGGUGCACCACGAUCUCGAGUCGGACGAGCAGGACCUGGUGGCCCAUCACAAGCAGCUACUCGAGAUCUAUGGCUUCCUGUUGCAGUGGACGGUUUCUGCGGUAGAGACGCGCGCAGCCGAGAAGUCGUCGGCCGCGCCGGCGGCACGCCGCGGCAAGGCCAAGGCGGGCGGUGCGGGCAAAAAGGGCAGCACGGCGGUGGCGGACGACGGCAGCUGGGACUCGUCGGCGCAGCUGCAGACAGCUCUCGAGACGAUGUGCAAGGUGCUGCGGCUGAAGCUGUCCAAGAUCUUCCUGACAACGUCGGAGCGCGACACGUUUAUCGGGCUGCUCACGCGGCCGGUGUACCUGAUCCUCGAGAGCGAACAGCGGGUCAAGUCGACGGCAAUCCGCAUGCACGCCUUCAAGGUGCUCUGCAUGGCGGUCAAGCACCACGGCCACGGCUAUGCAGCGCAGAUCUCGAUCGUUCAGAACCUGACGUACUUUGAGCACCUGUCGGAGCCCAUGGCCGAGUUCUUGCACAUUCUGUCGGAGCAGUACGAUUACGAGCAGCUGGCCAAUGAGAUUCUGGUCGAGCUCAGUAACAAGGAGUUUAGCAGCAACGACACGCGAGGACCCAAGUCGGUGUCGAGCUUCAUCAUCAAGCUGUCGGAGCUGGCGCCGCGGCUGGUGAUCAAGCAAGUGGCAUCGCUUAUUAAGCAGAUGGACAGCGAGUCGUACACGCUGCGCUGCGCGCUGAUCGAAAUCUGCGGCAACAUGAUCGCCUACCUCAGCCAACAGGAAGAGCGCGGCGAGGACCACAAGUCGCAGCUAAACGCCUUUUUCAGCGUGUUGGAGGAGCGGUUCCUCGACAUCAACCCGUACUGCCGGUCACGCACGAUCCAGGUAUACACACGGCUGUGCGAGCUCGAGAUGAAGUUCCCGAAGCGGCGGUUCCGGGCGGCCGAGCUGGCCAACCAGAGCCUCGAAGACAAGAGCAGCAACGUGCGGCGCAACGCGAUCAAGCUGCUGGGCUGUCUGAUCAAGACGCACCCGUUCAUGGCGCUGCACGGCGCACAGCUGUCGCGCAAGGACUACCAGGAGCGGCUGGAGCUGGUGGACCGUGAGAUCCAGGCGCUGCGGCCACCAGAAGGAGCACCAGACCUGGGCGAGAACGGCAACGCGACGGGCCUUGUGGACGAUGCGACACAGAUCGAGGCGUCGCCGCAGAAGGCUAAGACGGUGGCGGAGAUGACGGAUGAGGAGAAGGUGGCGGCGGUGCUGAAGGCGCAGGAAGAGGCGGCGACGUCGGAAAAGAUCAGCCGGCUGACGGUGGCACGCAAGUACUACUCGGAGGCGCUCAAGUUCAUCCGGAUUCUGCACGAGGCGACGGAGACAGUGUGCCAGCUGCUGGGGUCGCGCAACAAGAGCGAGGUGAUCGAGGCGAUGGACUACUUUGAGAUUGGCGAUGCGUACAACAUUGAGAACAACAAGGUUGGGAUCCGGCGGAUGCUGCGGCUGAUCUGGACCAAGGGCAACAGCGACGAAGGCAAGGGGGUGCAGAUGCACCUGAUCGACUGCUACCGGCGGCUCUUCUUCGAGGCGCCGGACUCGUUUGGACCCAACGACGCGGCCAACUAUGUGGCACGCAACAUGAUCAGCCUGACAUUUGGGGCGACGCCCGCAGAACUGACGUCGCUGGAGCAGCUGCUGGCAACGAUGAUGAAGGGGGGCCUGAUCGCAGAUGUGGUGGUGGCGAAGCUGUGGCAGGUAUAUGGGAUCCAGCAGAAGGAGAUAUCGCGGAAGCAGCGUCGGGGUGCGAUCAUCGUGCUGGGAAUGCUGGCGACGGCGAGCCCGGAGAUUGUGGUGGGCGAGAUGGAGACGAUGCUGCGGACAGGGCUGGGCCGUCACGGGCGAGCAGACCUGCAGCUGGCCAAGUACACGUGCGUGGCACUGCAGAGGAUCAACCCAGGCGGCUCGGCAGCGGUCAGCUUCGUGCGGCUACCCAACGAGCAUGCGGUGCUCUUCCGGCUGGCAGCCAUGCUGGACGUACCAUCGGACGACAAGGAGUGGUUCGGGGUGGCAGAGCAGGCGGUCAAUGCGAUCUACGCGCUGUCGAAGCAUCCAGACGUGCUCUGCUCGGAGAUCAUCCGGCGGAAGACACGGGUGGUGUUUGGGGGAGGGGCUUCAUCGGCCGGAGCUCGACAGGAAUCGCCGUCGUCACGGCCGGGAUCACGUGAUGCGGGCGAUGCGACGGUGGUGGAAGGUACUGGAGAAGACUCAAGCCUGGGCGAAGUCGAACAGGACCAGAGCAAGAACAACACGAUUGCACUCUCGCAGUUGCUCUUCGUGGUGGGCCACGUAGCGAUUAAGCAGAUUGUGCAUCUGGAGCUGUGCGAGCAGGACUUUAAGCGGCGCAAGCAGGAGAAGGAGAAGGAGGGCGCAUCCAAGGAGGAAGCAGCAGCAGCAGCAGCAGCCAACACACGACGACCGGGACGCGGCAAGAAGAGCAGGGCGUCGACAGCAGCACCGGAAGAGGGCGACGAGUUGGACCUGAUCGGCGGGACGACGGAGGACGACUUCACGGAGGCGAUGCAGCACAUCCGAGAACGGGAGCUGCUGUACGGACCGACGUCACUGUUGGGGAUGUUUGGGCCGCUGGUGUCGGAGAUCUGCGCGAACAACACGUCGUACCGGGACCGGGGACUGCAAGCGGCAGCGACGCUGUGCAUGGCGAAGCUGAUGUGCGUGAGCGCCGAAUACUGCGAGGCGAACCUGCCGCUGCUGAUCACGAUCAUGGAGCGGUCGGGCGACGCGACAGUGCGGUCGAAUGCGGUGAUUGCUCUGGGUGACAUGGCAGUAUGCUUCAACCAUCUGAUCGACGAGAACACGGACUUUUUGUACCGGCGGCUGGCCGAUGCGGAUGCAUCAGUCAAGCGGACCUGUCUCAUGACGCUCACCUUUCUCAUCCUGGCCGGUCAGGUCAAGGUCAAGGGCCAGCUGGGCGAGAUGGCCAAGUGUCUGGAGGAUGGCGACAAGCGGAUCGCCGAUCUGGCCCGCAUGUUCUUCACCGAGCUUUCGACCAAGGACAACGCGGUGUACAACCACUUUGUCGACAUGUUCAGCCUGCUGACAGCCGCGCCGACGUCGGGCGGCGGCGUGGGCGGACAGCAGAAGCAGCAGCCGCUGAGCGAGGACGCAUUCCGGCGGAUUGUCCGGUUCCUGCUCGGCUUUGUCGAGAAGGACCGCCACGCGCGACAGCUGGCCGAGAAGCUGGCCGCACGGCUGAGCCGCUGCGAGACGGAGCGGCAGUGGAACGACGUGGCAUUUGCGCUGGGGCUGCUGCAGCACAAGAGCGAGGACAUCAACAAGGUCCUGUCGGAAGGCUUCCGGGUGGUGACGAUAGGGUAG